ACCACCAGCAAUCCGAGCAACCAACCACCCAGGACCAUCCAAAUCAAUUGAAAUACUCACCAAAGCCACUCUUCAAAACCGCUCUCAAAAACCACUCUUCAUACUUUAACUUAAACUCCACCCCUCCAACCAAACAAAAAAUGCAACUCCCAGCAACCCUCCUCUUGCUCACUGCCCUCACCUCCACCGCCUCCGCCUGGAGGCUAGUCCUCACAAUGGCUGACCGCCGCACAGCAAGCAUGAGCGGCACCGUCAACCGAGAUUGCAAAAAGCUCGACUUCGAUAUGAGCUCUCCGGUCACAACUGCUUCCUUCACCGAGUCUACCUUCGCCGACACGUUCGAGCUCUAUGCCAACACCGAUUGCAGCGGGAGGGUGUACAGGAACGGAGACGGGACGCACACUGUUACGCCGAGGUUCAAGGUUUUGGCCUAUAAGGUUUAUUAAUCUUUCGACGUGAUGGAGGAGGAGGAUUUAAAAAGGCGGGAGUAGGAUAACCGAGAGGGAUUCAUCUGUUUUUGUUUCCUGUUUCUUCUCCUUUGCUUUCUUCUCUUUUGUAUCUUGUCAUGGAAUAUGGAGGGUGUUGGAGGAGGAUAUGAGUGCUGCUACUUCGUUAUCUAUUUCGGCUGUGCCUGGUCGGACGUUCUUUCAGUCAAUAAAUCUUCUUAUAAAACCCCG